AUGGUCAGUGCUCACCGUCAGGCCUGGACUUGGCAGGACGAGUGGUAUGGUAUGACCAUGACUGAGAUUCGACGACUCGAAGCCGAGACUGCCAGAGCUCUUGCCAUGAAGAUGGGCCAAGACGAGGAAGUUGCAAAGAAGGCUGUUGAAGGUGGUACCGAAGAAGCACCAGCGGUCCCUUCUAUGAAUUUCGGUUCAUGUUUGAGUUUCGCGUCGGAGUCCGAACAGGCUUCUAUGUUUCAAAGCAUUCCGGGAUCCGAUGUAGAUGAUGAGGACUUCUAUGAUACUCGAUCCGUAAAUAUCAACGGUGAGGUUUCACCUGGCUUUUGCACAACCGCUUCCGAAGUCGCAGACAGUUUGGGAUCCAUAAUGCUCUACGACCUAUUGUCUUCGCCCGAACUCGCAAAUAGAAAUAAUGAAGCUUUCACGAAGUUGGAAAACAUUCAGCAUAUUCCUGAUGGUUCAUCUCUGCUUUUUGAUGUGCAAGAUGUAUUCUUUUUGGGAUCCCCUCUGGGUCUUCUGUUGUCUCUUCGUCAGCGGAUAGGAAUACAGUCUAAUCGCCGUGUUGGAUGUGGUUUCGGUUUCCCUUCGCCAAUCCGUCCGGCUUGUGAGCAAGUAUUCAACAUCUUUGACAUAACAGAUCCCUUCGCCUAUCGACUUGAACCCCUUCUCGAUGCUGCUUUCGAAGGAGUUCCUGUAAUCCGUCUUCCCGCUUGUGGUUCAUGGGACUCCUCCCAGCGACGUGGAUUGCGGAGACAGCUGUUGAUGAUUCCAUCGACUGAAAUUUCCUCCAAGCAAAUCCCAGCUUCCAUUACAUCAGUGCUUCACCCAUUUUUGGGUAUUGACUUCACGCAGAAGACUUCUCAUUACGCCACUGGGAACACUAUGCGGUCUGAUUGGUGGGGCUAUCAGCGCAUGGAUUUAGGUCUGCACUGCCAAGAAGGCGGCAAAAAUGUUAUCUCUCAAUCUCUUCCAACUGCUUAUUAUCGCUACUGGGAGUCAAAGGGUGUGAGUUACUUCAUUGUUUGGCAGCUGGUCGAGCGACUUCACCGUGGCUGUUUCUCCGUCCGGGGUGACAAUGCGCAAUGCAUCCAAAGUGGGGGAGUGGUGUUAGGCGAGGAGCAUGGCUUGAAAUUGUCAUCUCCAUUUCGAACCCACAGCUCUAGCCCCUCUAUGUGCUGCACAGAACAAGGAGUCAGUUUCUCCAAUCCGGGUUUCUUCAGUGGUGGUGGCGGUGGGGCAGGUGGUCUUAGCCGGCAGUUCCGUAGUUCCAUAUCCAGUCGCCUGCGAUUCAAGUCACGACCGCCUGAUCGGACAAAGGUAUGUUGA